CCUCUAUCCCUUUAUUAUUAUUACUAUUAUUAUAAUAAUUUGAUUUGAUUUGAUUUGAUUUGGGUGAGCUCUCUCCCUUCCUCAAACGAAAACACUAACUCUGACGCCGAAAUCCAUGCCCCCUGCAACUCGGAGGAAUCGGGUCUAAUAUGCCAGUGACAUCCUCGCCUUGCAGUAGUCGCGAUGAAGGAAAAAUCCAAGAACGCGGCAAAGACUAGACGGGAAAAAGAAAAUGGAGAAUUCUACGAACUGGCCAAACUCCUGCCCUUGCCCUCGGCCAUCACCUCCCAGCUGGACAAGGCGUCCAUCAUCCGCCUCACCACCAGCUACCUGAAAAUGCGAGCCGUCUUCCCCGAAGGUCUGGGCGACGCCUGGGGACAGCCGAGCAGGAUAGGGCCCUUGGAUAACGUGGCAAUGGAGCUCGGAUCCCACUUGCUUCAGACUUUGGAUGGCUUUGUUUUCGUGGUAGCAUCAGAUGGCAAAAUAAUGUACAUCUCUGAAACAGCAUCUGUGCAUCUUGGCUUGUCUCAGGUGGAGCUCACUGGAAACAGCAUUUACGAGUACAUCCACCCUUCUGAUCACGAUGAGAUGACAGCUGUCCUUACUGCUCACCAGCCUCUCCAUCCUCACCUCUUGCAAGAAUAUGAAAUCGAGAGAUCAUUUUUCCUGAGGAUGAAGUGUGUCCUAGCCAAGAGGAAUGCAGGAUUGACGUGCAGUGGAUACAAGGUGAUCCACUGCAGUGGCUACUUGAAGAUCCGCCAGUACAUGCUUGAUAUGUCUCUGUACGACUCCUGCUACCAAAUCGUUGGGCUGGUGGCUGUAGGUCAGUCUUUACCUCCCAGUGCAAUCACCGAGAUCAAACUUCACAGCAACAUGUUUAUGUUCAGAGCAAGCUUGGACUUAAAGCUGAUAUUCCUGGAUUCCAGGGUCACUGAAUUAACUGGAUAUGAACCCCAAGACCUGAUAGAAAAAACCCUCUACCACCAUGUCCACGGCUGCGACGUGUUCCACCUCCGAUAUGCUCAUCACCUGUUGUUGGUGAAAGGCCAAGUCACAACCAAGUACUACAGGCUGCUGUCCAAGCACGGAGGCUGGGUGUGGGUGCAGAGCUAUGCCACCAUUGUGCACAACAGCCGUUCGUCACGGCCUCACUGCAUAGUGAGUGUCAAUUAUGUCCUUACAGAUAUUGAGUAUAAGGAACUUCAGCUGUCACUGGACCAGGUUACCAUUUCCAAGUCACAGUUUUCAUGCAGAAACUCAGUACCUACCUCGCAGGAAACAAGGAAAAUAGUCAAACCCAAAAGUAAUAAAAUGAAGGCAAAACUCAGAACAACACCUUACCCACAACAGCAAUACAGCUCGUUCCAAACAGACAAACUGGAAUGCAGCCAGGUGGGAAGCUGGCGAUCCAGCCCCGCCGUGAACGCCGCCGCCAUUCAGGAACAAACCUUCCAUUCAGAAAACAGCGAACUUUUAUACGCCCCACCGUACAGCCUGCCCUUCUCCUACCAUUAUGGACACUUCCCUGUGGAUUCCCACGUCUUCAGUGGCAAAAAACAAAUGCUGCCUGCAAAGUUCGGGCAGGCUCAAGGAGCACCUUGUGAAGUGGCGCGGCUCUUCCUGAGCACGCUGCAGACCAACGGGGAGUGCCAGUGGCACUACACCAACCCCUUGGUACCCAACAGCCAGUCACCGUCCAAAAGCCUUCCUGAGCAGCCAGUGAACAUCAUCAGGCAUAACCUUGCACAGAGUUAUGAAGUCCCCAUAUCCAACAGGAGAUACAGCCAGGACGCUCUCCCCGACAACUUCACGAGCUGCACCGCGCCCAUGGCAGGCAGCAGGUACAAAGAAGAGAUUUAUGAUUCCACCAUCAUGAAACACAACAAAAUAGAACCCAGGAUCCAGCCACCUCCCCACCUCAUUAAAGAGGAGAACAAGUUGGCCUUCAACAGAGACCUCCAAGAAAAAAUGAGCAUUAACGAAAGUUCUUUUUCAAACUCCAUUGCCAGCUCCCUGCUGCCAAAAUCGGAAUGUUUCCAGUCCAAAGCUAUAGGACAACUAAGUCACCUCCUGCCAAUGCCCUCGGUGUACGAGCAGACAAGAAGGAUUUGUGUGAAAGAACCCAAGUACGGGCACAUUGGUCACCACCCUGCAAACCUGGAGGAACUGGACGGCGAGGAGAGAAUGACUGUAAAGCUCGACCACGACUCCGAGAGCGAGCGUGUGAUGGAUGUGAGACCCUCGGGACAAGUCCCGUUCGUGCUCCUCAAUUACCACCACGUUCUGGCCAAGCACGGCGCGUUCCAAACCUCGUCCUGCACGGCCACGGGCCACGCGGGGGAAAGCUAUGGAUACAAUUCCGAGGAAGUAAAUACGUUUCUUUACAAAAACCAAAGCCCCUCCUCGGCUUCCUCUCCAGAAACCCACAAGGAAUCUGCACUACCCCAUUAUAUCGGAACUUCUGUAAUAAUUGCCAACGGGAGGUGACGGUAACAGGAGUAUUUACCUUUAAUUAAGAAGCCAAACUGUAAUGAUUUGCCAAAAAAAAAAGCAUGAGAAAACACGGUUACAUUUACUGAGAGCAGCUGAGGGUCGGUGAGGGACAGGCUCGUGUGACAGUGGUCAGGAAAAACCCCCUCCAUCCAGCUUCCCACGCUUCGUUGUCCCAGACUGAGCUCUGGUGCCAGUGGGAAGACACGUUACAGAUCUUAUUUUUGUUAUUUUAUAGUGUGCAACAAAAAGAAAUGAUAGGUGUUAUAUGCAGAGAUUUAUAUGGAGAACAUUUUUUUUUUUUCCUUAACCCCCUCCUUCUCAAAAUACAUUCAAGAUUUUUUUUUUUUUUAUCAUUAACUAUACACUCUAGUUUAGUUUUUUUUUUGGACAAAUUGUGUGAAAACUUUACAUCAUCUUUCCACCCCACACCCUGACAAAUGAACUUUGUUGAGAGAUUGGUGAUUUUUAGUGGCCACAAUACAGCUGUACUAACCAAACAGAAUUCGUGUUUGGGAAAAAAAAAAAAAAAGCUUAUUUAUUAAUUACCCAAAACGUUUUAAACUAAAUAAAUCAAACCUAAAUUUGAUUUAUUUAACGUAGAUUUCAGUGUUCUGAGAUUGUUACCACCACCAUUCAUCUUGACAAGGGACAAUACAACAAAUUAAUACGUAUCACAGGGUUACAGGUCUUGUCAUGGCAAAUUGGGACAAACUGCGUAGCAGGAACUAACAACUAUUCCCCAUAAAGUGUUGUAAUAAGAAAAAGAAACUUCUCAAUCAUGUGUUUCAUUGGGAAUUCUGGGAGAACUGUGCAGAUUUUAACCCCAGCUACUCAAAAAUGCAUCUUAAUAACAGCACCAGAAAUGUUUUCUUUAUAGUCAAGAGAAUAAAGAACGUUUAUGCUUUAUUUCAAACUUGCCAGAAUUGUGAACUUUGAAAGGUUCAGCUUUCAACACACUGAACUUCCUUAAGGAUAAAUCUUGUUGUCAGCACAAAGGUAGGACUGGGGUCUGACUGACUCGUGCACUUCACAAAUCCCAAAUUGCACAAACGCUCCCAUUUUGUCCAGCCAGUUAGGAAGAGAUUUUCACCCCCUUUAUUUUUACUUCUUUGUGAAGUUUACAAACGAGGAGACACGUGGGUCUGUGUGUGUUUAACUGACAACAGUCAGUCCACUGUGGUUUUGAACCACUUCCCAAACUUCCUCAGUUCUUUUCUUGACAAAACAACGAACGACUCCCUAAACAAGAGCCAUAAAAAACAACAACAAAUGUUGCUGUAGAUCCGAGUCAACUCUGCUUUUUAGUCCAAUUCAAGGCUAAUUCAGACUUUUCAAAGUCUCUCUCUUAUCCCUCUAAAAGACCUUCACUGAAGGAAACAACCUGGUCUAGUGGAAGGUGUCCCUGCCCAUGGCAGGGGGUUGGAACUGGGUGAUCUUUAAGGUCCCUUCCAACCCAAACCAUUCUGUGAUUCUAUUGCUGCACAUAAAGGAUGGAGAACAUGUAAUUUUUUUAAGUGUCUAUUCCCUUAUGGUUUUAUCUGACAAGGUGCAAUCCAUGAGCAAGAGUUUUUUCCAUAUUGCACCAGCCACAUAAAUACUUUCUCAAAGGAUCUCAGAAUGGUUUGGGUUGGAAGGGACCUUAAAGAUCAUCCAGUUCCAACCCCCUGCCACAGAGAGUGAACCUUCCACCAGAAUACAACAAUAAAGUCACUUCCUUCUAGGUAUGAAUAUUUAUUGCUACGAGUACACAAAAAAUACUUUUAAAUCAUAGGUUUGAAAACAAUUUUUAGUAUUUGCAUUGCUUAAAAAUUAAAAGGUUAACAGAGAAGGCUUUAUUAUAAAGUGAUGUUCACUUGGGAGCUCUCACUUGUCUGAUGUUUUCAGUUGCAUGAAAAUUAUAUUUCGUGCUAAAUAUAACAAAAAAUACCUAAUCAGUGAUUUCCAGAACAGUGACUUAAAAAAAACCACAACCAAAAGCAGAACCAAACCAGCAUAAAUCAGUGCAACUGUGCUCCUUGGUUUGUUUAAUGCUGGAGAAGUUGCAAGUCUCCAGAAAAGCUGUAAAAAUGUAAAUUAUUAUCACUCUGACUUUAUAAAUCAAAGGGAUGAGACACAAGCUGGUUUUACAGUGGCUGUGGUUAAGAGCCUUCCCAGCCAGUGGUGCUGACAAAUGACCCCAACUCCUUAAAAGACGCAAUUAUGCAGAUGUUAAUUUUGUUAAAUUAAACCCAUGCCCUGGAAAGGAGGAACUGGCAUUGUUUGCAUCAUUAAAAAGAAACCUGAUGCACAACUCUCACACUGCACUUGGUACCUCAUUAAUGGCAUUGCUGCACCCAAAAUCUUCUGCGUUUUUGCCGUUCUUCCGAGUCCUUCUCGCUAUAAAAACACGGUUUUGGGAACGUACAAAUUAGGCUUUGGUUAAAAGACACCAUUGAUAUUUCUCAGCAAAACACCACAAAAUGUUUCUCCAGCCUCUACCCUGUUAUUCACACUUCCAGGCUUUAUUCAGGGAGCCUGAGCAGAGGAGGUGUUCCAUCAUUCUCCCCCAGAUGUUUUAUGGGACGCGACACUCGGGCACCGGAACUUUCCCCUAUUAGGCAAAAAUGAACCAAUUACACGUUCACAGAUGAUAAUACAGGGGAAGGUUUUUAGGAAAGACCUGUGAUUACAAAAGCAAACGCGUGGAAUGUUUUUUCCUGCCAUUCCAAAACCAGAAAACAGCAUUUUUGUGUUCACAGCUGGGACGGGAGUCAAUUAUAUCAGGAGAAAAAUAUGACUUUUAAUCAGUUAAACUACAGAUGUUCUCAGCACACUCGAGGUGCACAACAGGGCACAGCCACCACAGUGGCAGUGGUUUUAAUAACGGGGAAAAAUUAUGACACUGAAGAGGAGUGUGAAUUGGAAUAUAUUAUGAAAAACAACCUCAUUUCUCCCUUUGAGCCACUGCAGACGCCUUUGUCAUGGGGCUUCACAGGAUUUUAACCCUUGGGGGGGGUUCAGAUCUGGCAAGAAAAUGAUAUGGAGAGUGAGAGAGGGAAUAUUCCAUCAAAAUCAAAGAAUCAUAGAACGGUUUGGGUUGGAAGGGACUUUAAAGAUCAUCCACUUCCAACCCCCAUGGACAGGGAACCUUCCACCAGACCGGUGUAAAGUCGGAAAAGUCAAUCCCACGUGAAGUUUUUACCCUCUUAAUUGAAAGAGUGCAAUGUAAAUAAGGUGAUAAGGGAACAGACUCAUCUCCAGGUCUCUGCAGGCCCGUGAUUUGAAAAAGGGCAUAAAAGUAAUUUAAGGGAAUUAAGCACAGUGGAUGUAAAAUUGGAGAAUAUAUCACUGAAAGUGCAAACGAACGGGAAAUCUGCCAGAAUUUCUCUAAAAAAAUCUCAAAACAGGACACAAAUGGUUUUCUCAACACUUCAGUCACGCUUCAAAAGCAACACAGAGAAAAUGUUAUUAUUCCGUUUCUUUUCCUGAACUUUAGAUUUUGCUUUUUUUUUUUUUUUUUUUUUAAUAUGAUGCAGGUAAAAAGCUAUUUGGCAAGUGUAGGUGAAGAAGCACGCAAACCAAACAACCUAUUAAUGCUCAGAAUUAUAUAUGUAUUCCCUAAAAAAAUGUAAAGCAUUUUUGCUUAUUUAUUAUGUAAAACAAAACCGUUAAAAUGUUAAUAAAAAUC